AUGGAGUCCGCUGUCUUCGAUGACAAUAUGGAGGUGGCCUCAGACGUCGGCCAUGGACAUCCCGGGACUAUCGAUGAUAUCGAAAUCGACCUUGACUUUACCCAGGUGCGCGUUCCCGAGCAAGAUAAUGAUGUACCUGUGGAUGACGCUUCCGCCGCCGCCUCCGACCACCCUCCUGCCGACAUAGACGCCAAGUACGAUGCAGAUAUGGCUGAUGACGAAUAUAUGGAAGGUGAUAUGUUGGCUUCCGGAUAUGAUCAAUACCACCAAGGCUACUACCAAUUCGAUGAGGAUUCUGCUUAUAAUAAUCCAAUGGAUUACGAAGCAAAGAUGGAGGAAGACUACGAAGAAGACAUUGAUGCCCCUAUUCCUAAUAGCGACUUUGAAGAUACAAACAUACCGCUUGCAGUAGUGGAAGAGGAAAGGAAAGCAGAAGUAGUAGCACAAGAAGAAGAAUUGGAGGAGGAAGAAGUGGAAAUAGAAGAAGUGGCGGUCUUGGAUAACACCAAAACGCCGGCUCCAGAAGCCAUGUCGAAUUCAGAUCAAGUUGAAACAGAAAUUUCGAACAAUAUGCUAGUGGCGGAGGAGCGUCUUGUGGCUCAGGAAGAUAGCAAUGUUACUCUGUCAAAGCCUGAGAGACUUGUCGCGGAGGAAGGCAACGAUGUUUUGCAGGCUUUAGAGAGCGCAGGCGCGUCACGCUUAAUUGAAGGCCAUGAAAAGUAUGCUGAAGAUGUUGAGUCUAGUUUGGAAGACGGGCAUGAGCAUAGUCAAACAGAACCUGAGGCUCAAACACCUAGAUUUCAAGAACCUGAAAUUCAAGAACCCGAAUCUGAAGGACGGUAUCGCUCACCGUCUGGCCAGGAAAACCUAUCCAAUACAACUGAGACCUAUCAUUUUGUUGAAGCACAAGAUUACGAAGCACAAAGCGAAGCACAAAGCGAAUCACGAGAGUUCCAGGAAAGGAGAUCACUGCAUCCAGUAAAGGUGCUGUACCAAGAUAGCGAAAUCUCGUUAUUCCCUCCUGCAGAUGAUGACGCAACAGAAACAUUCUUUCUGCAAGAUGAAGGAGUAGCCAAUGCUCCCAUCAAGGAGCUUGUGGGGGCGUGUCGGCAAGUACUGGGUGAGCAUGUUAGCGAGGAUGAAGAGUUAAUACUGGAUAUCGAAACUCUUGGGUUGCACUUGCCCGAGUGCUCUUGCGGCGAAAUCACAACAUCAUUAUUCCAAAUUAUUCAAGUUUAUCUCGAGCUUUGCUCCAAUGAUGGCAUCAGCGAACCCGAGCCUCUGUACCUAACACUUUCUUCCAGAUCAACUUUCACAUCAGGAUUCGCUCGUCUUGUAUCAGCUGCACAUGAGGGUAGAGGAUUAUCCUAUUUACUAUGGGAAAGUUAUGAUGUUGACAAUGCCAAAAAAGAUGCAGAACAUGGGGUGGAAGAUGGCGAAGCCCAUGAACAACCAUUAUCAACGACUGAAGCCGCAAGCUCCCCUGCUGAGCAUCACCCUCACCAUGUUGAGCCUGCUGACGAAGGACUCUCCUCUGAUAACGUGGCUAGGAGCCCAUGGGCUGGUUCUACAGGCCACAACUCAACAAUCAAGUUCGCAAAUCAGGGCUCACCAGAAUUAGAGGAACCGGAAUCCCUUGCACCUGCCGACAAAAACGAGAAAGAAACUCAAGCCGAUAUUCCAGCCGAAGUUGCUAGCCGUGGGGACGAACACGACGAUAUCCCACCCGAAUCCGGUAGAGACGAUGCAAGUUACCAUAGGCCUACCCCACCACUAUCUAUGAAAAUCCCGACUGUAGACCUUUCAAGAGACGAGUCAACUGAACAGUCAGAAGAGUACGUGCAAGGAUAUGAGUUCAACCACGUACCCCCGCAAUUGGAAGCAAAGGGGAAAGAAGAUACGGAAGCGGAAUACCAACAUGGUGACGUUGGUUUAGAGUCUAAGGAUGAUCAAACGGAAAGCCAUACCGUCUCUUUGGACAAUGUAAAUGGGUCUGAUACCAAUGCUCAAUCAAGCACCAAUAAGGAUGUGCACAUUGAAAUCGAUCUAGGGACCGAUCAUGCGAUCCUGCGAGAGGGAUCCUUUUCCCACCAUAGCGAUGACAGCCUGGAUGAAGGUGAAAUUUACGAACUCGGUGAAGAUGCACCGGAGACCGAGAACAGGGCAGUUCCCAUCCUUAAAGAUGGAGAACAACCUGUCUCCGGACUGGUGGUUAAAUCUCCCACCGGGGAUGCUCCAAGAACUCCAGAACUAACCCAUGACUUCUUCGAGAUUGAUGAAGACCUUUUUAAAAGUCCGAUGAUGAACGCUCACGAAGCGAUAGCCGUCGUCGGUUCUCCGGCUGCUCCUCUGGACGGAGCUGAUCAUGAACCUCUCUCUAAUCUUGGCGGAGCUGAAUCAUACCCAACGGAAAGCCCCAAUCCGAAACAGGAUGAAACAACCGCGACUACCGCUCACACUGUUGGAGACUUCCAUGAAACUACAAUCAGUUCAGACAAAGCAGUCCCUGAUACGGAUGAGUCCAUUGCUCCUGUUAGCCCUAAAUCGACAAAGCGUUCUUUCAUAGACUCCAGCAUUGGUGAUCUCGAGGGCUCCACUCCAGACAUCAAGCGACAUCGGUCGGAGUAG